AAAUUCAUUCUGUGGUUCAUGUGCUAGCUUGAGACUCAAACAUGCAUUUCAGAGCACUUUUGUAACAAAACGAGGGUGGGAAACUAGACACUAGACUCUCAUUUUACUCAUUCGUCUCCCUUACCUGAUUGUGCAGCAUGAAGAUUGCAGUGGAAGGUUGUUGUCAUGGGGAGCUGGACAAGAUCUAUGAGACAAUCGGCUAUCUGGAGAAGAAGGAAGGUGUAAAAGUGGACCUUCUGCUCUGCUGUGGAGACUUCCAGGCAGUUCGAAAUGAAGGAGACAUGAAGUGCAUGGCAGUACCGGCCAAGUACAGAACAAUGCAGACAUUUUACAAAUACUAUUCAGGAGAAAAGAAGGCUCCAGUCCUGACCAUCUUCAUAGGAGGGAACCAUGAGGCCUCCAACCACCUGCAGGAGCUGCCUUAUGGAGGCUGGGUGGCCCCCAAUAUUUAUUAUCUGGGUUACGCUGGCGUUGUUCGUUACAGGGGGGUUAGAAUCGGUGGCUUAUCUGGAAUCUUUAAAUCACACGACUUCAGAAAAGGUCACCAUGAAUGUCCUCCUUACAAUCCCGAUACACUCCGAAGCGUUUACCACAUCCGAAAUAUUGAGGUGUUCAAAUUAAAGCAGAUCCAGAUGCCCAUAGACAUUGUCAUGAGCCAUGACUGGCCUCGUGGAAUCUACCACUAUGGGAGUACAGGGGAGCUGUUGCGAAAGAAGAAGUUCCUGCGACAGGAAGUGGAGUCCAACACUCUGGGGAGUCCCGCUGCUGAGGAGCUCCUGGCUCACCUCCAGCCCAGCUAUUGGUUCUCUGCACAUCUGCACGUCAAAUUUGCUGCUGUUAUGCAGCAUCAGCCUAAAGGUAACUCUGCGCCACGUGUAACUAAAUUCCUGUCCCUGGAUAAAUGUCUGCCCUACAGGGAGUUCUUACAGAUUGUGGAUGUGCCAGAGAGAGCGGGUUCAUCUGAAGGACUUGAGUACGAUCCAGAGUGGCUCGCUAUCCUGAAGGCCACCAACAGUCUGCAAAGGAUCACCCCUCACCCCUGGAAUAUCCCCGAGAAUAAUGGCCUUCACGACCGGUGGGACUUCAGAGCUUCAGAAGCUGACAUGAUGCAGGUUGUGGAGGACUUCAGCGGUGACCUCGCCAUUCCAGACAACUUCAGCCGGACUGUGCCCGCCUAUGACCCUAACAAACCCCAACCCCACGCCGCGCCCAGCUGCAGCACCAACCCACAGACCACCGAGCUCUGCGCCACAUUAGGACUCACAGAUCUCUACGCCCUGGUCACACAGGGAGGGGACGUUCAGGGCAGCACUGCAAGAGACGAGGACGACGAUGAAGACAGACGCAGUGUAGGGAGCGCAGACGAGCCCAGCGAGUACCCGACUGACACUUCAGGAUUGUCAAAUUCGUUUAACCCUGAUGAGAUCACGAUAGAGGAUGAGUGGGAGGAAGAGGGGGAGGAGGAGGAAGGGGAGGGUAACUCAAAAGCAGAAAUAAAGGGAGAUAAGCUCCCUGACGUAGCUGCAGGUGACACCUGCACGCCGAGUCGUUUGAUUCUACCUAAACCCAAAUCGGAUUUCUCCCCAAAAUCUCUGCCCGACCUCAUGAACCUCCCCCCUCCCUCCCACUCCACCCCUGCACUCUCCCACGCUCACCCUGCAGCAGAGAGGGAGGGAUGCUGCGAGGGCGAGGAAGAGGAUGCUGCGUCCGUACGUAUCCUGAAACGUAACAGCGAUGAGAGUGGAGAGCCGGGCAGCAGAGGGACGACUCCCCGAAUCAAACGCAGGAACCAGGUCAUCUAUACGGCAGUGGAGGAUGAGGAGGGGGAGGAUUAGAGGGCCGGGUGAGACGAGGAGGUAAAGACUCAGAGGGUAGAUUCUACUUAAUUUGAUAAAAGCGAUCAACUAGUUUAUCCUUUACGUUUCAGCCUUUAUAAAGAAAAACACAGAGAGGUGUGGCGUUGUUAGACUGGACAUGAAAAUGUAAUUCUGGAUAAAUUUUCUAAAGAAAGGCAGUUUAAAUGUUGUCUCUUUGUUUCAUAUGAUUUUAAAUCAAACAAAGGAGAUGUUAGGGAUCAGAUGUUCUGAGUUUCUUUUUUUAUUUUUGUACCUCUAACUUCAAGACAUAUGCGUUGGUAAAUCUGCUGUAAAUACUUAAACAAAAAAAAAUAUGAAUGAGUCCAAACAUCGCUGUACAGCCGUUUGCAAACCCCCCACCACCUCCAGGAUUCAAUAAAACAUGGCUGCUUAUUUA